CUGCGUGUCGAAUAACGGGAGAUAACGGUGACGUCUAUUCGUUGAAUAUCGCUGCUGUCCGUCUGGCCCACAGAUUAAUUAAAGACAAGUACAUUUGUCAACAACAGCUCCUGAAGCAUGUACAUCAAAAAGGAUUAAUGUCACACUGUAAAAAUAAAUACAUAAAUCAUAAUCAUUCUUUAUAUUAACAAUUUGAAUGGACUGGAAAAGUCCUAUGGACAAGAACCAAUAUUUAGAAAGUUAAUUAGGUGAUUUAAUGCCAGUGUAAGUGGAUUAGUGAGAAAACAAGAAGCUACACUCAGCCAGCAAACAUGAUCAGGAUUCAAAUGAGGACAAUAUAGGGACCACAGACCACAAUCCUAACACCUUUGCCAUUAAAUAUUGUUAACUAUAUAAUAAUAUGACAUCAAAUGCAUCUUCUAACACCUCCUGAAUUCAUAUUUUAAUGGUUAUUAACUAUUUAAUAUACUAUUUUUCUUUUAUUCCUCCAUAAUCCUCCAUUUUCCUGGACCUUUAUGUAAACAGUUAUUGGAAUUGUUUUCUAUAGUUGCCAUAGAACGUGUAAAAAAGUGUAUUAAGUAAACAUGAGUGAACAAUGAGUGCUGGAGAAGUCGACAUUACUAUAGUGUUUGUAUUUCAGAUAUCAUUAUAAAAGGUUGUACAAUUGUACAUAAACACAGAGGGAUUUGUUUAUAACUCACUUUCUCUUUUUGUGGGUUGGUGAAACGAGUAAUUCAAUAAAUAUGUGCAACCAAAUGCUGUCAUAAAAUGAUGCACUACAAAGGUUGUGACAAAAGUAACGUUAGGAGAACAUUAAUGCAACCUAAAGAGAACAUUGUGUAAAGGUUGAAUGAAGGUUGGGGCCAAAGUAACGUUAAGGGAACGUUCUGGGAACCGAAUGUGCAACUGAAAGCUAACGUUAAGAGAACGUUAGGAAAACCUUAGGACUACCUAGGGCAAAUUUCAGGGCACGUUCCCGCAACUAAAAGGUAACAUUCACAGAACGUUCUGGGAAGCAGAAAUUGUCCUGAUCUGUUGUCACAGCAGAGUGCCAGAGAACAAAGGCUUCCUAGGAUAUAAGCUUUCAUAAACACUGUGGGCAUACCACACACUCUCUCUCUGCUGAAGUGUUUGAACUAGACUGAGAAAGUCAGGGGCCAUGAUGGAGAAAACUGAGCCGUUGAAAGGAGAAGAAAAGAAAGAGGAAGAAACUCGGAAAAGUUUAUUUCAGCAUCUCAUGAAUCAGAAGAAGAAUCUGCGAGAUGAAGACACGAAGAUCGUGCUACAGCAGCUGAUCGUGAUUGCCCGGCUCCCCCGACAUCUUCAUGACAGGACAGAAGUGGGAGCUCAUUAUGAAAGACUCAACUUUCAGAUAAGCAAACACUACAUAUGGGAUCACAUGACGGGCCUGCUACUCAUUUAUCCGAACUAUCUGCUGCACAUCAUUGAAUCGUCCAGAGACGUCCUGUUCUCUGUUCUGAAAGACCUCAAAGACAUACAGCAACAGACACAAUGUUUGCUUGAGGCCCCCAAGGUUGUGUUCAUGACACACGGUGCACAGAGCAGGCUCUUCCAACAGUGGAGCUACAAGGUGCUGGAUGAAGAAAACCCAGCAGCUAAGGGACUGGAAGAAGAAGACGAGAGCACAGAGACUCUGGUGUGCAGUGUCCUCGCAGCGCUGCAAAACCUGAGCAAGCACCUUGAAUUAUCUAAGAUGGCUCUCCCCGGAUUAUUGCUGGAUAAGAAUCCAGAGCUCAUUGUUCCCCAGAAUGUUCUAGAAAAGCUGCAGGCUCGAGGCGAGCUCCUGAGUCCACAACUGUACCUACAGAUGUACGACUCCCCCGUAAACAUCAGAAUGACUUUUGGACAAGGUAUCCAAGGCAGCUGCCUCAGCACAAUAUAACUUUUUGGACAAAAGGUCAAAGCACAGCUGCGUGUCGUCAUGGUGAUCUGCAUGCACGGUGCAUCUCAGAGUGCUGUCAAUGUCGGCCAUUUACGUUUGAUUUACCUCGCCGUUCACAUCUGUAAUGAAAUGUUCUAUGUCCCGGUCGAAUGUGUUUGGCCUUCACUUCCAGCACCGUGGAUGUAACUGAUGGCCUCCCAGCAGAAAUAAACGACUGUGCUACACUGAAAAAAAUUGGACACUUUUAUACCAACAUUUAACUCACUGCCUGCAAAACACAAUUUUCAUUUGCAACAGAAGCACAGAAAAAUCCAGGUAAUAUAAAAACAUUUUUAAUAGUUUCAACAUUUGGAUGAGGAUUCUGUCUUUUUUUUCCCCUUUUAUCUUACACUUUGUUCCACUUAGUGACGGAGAGACAGCGUGUCCAAAAAAAGACAUUCCCUUUUCACACACAGCUUCAUUACAAUUUGACACAAAGAACCUUUGAGGUUUUUUUUUUUUAAAAGAUUCCUUGAUCACUUAUGUGUUCCCUUUUUUAAAUGUUGGCCCCCGUUACUUGAAAUUGAAGUUAAAAUAAAAAGAUAAUAACGGGGAUGGUACUUGUAGUGGCUGCAUGCACAACAGUGUAAUCUGUAUGGUUCAUAGCAGACAUAAGUCAUCUGAGAACACAUGGCUCUGGGCACAAACAUGUUCCAUCAUGACAUGGUGGUUUCUGGACCUCUUGACUGAGGUCCCUGUUUUAAAUCUGACUAAAAAGGAGUGAAACAAAUAAGAUGAGAAAAAUAAACAAAUCACAAGCGAUCCAAACACACAAUCAGCGGGGAGUUUGAUUAGCAAGUGUCGAUCAAUUUACUUCUAUAAAAAAAAUAAAUACAACCACAUUUAGAUAGGACCAAAGAUGAGAUGUCGUUUCAUAUGCAUGAUUUAAAAAAGCAUGCUGCUGAAUUUCACACAGGACAAUGUCAAUCCAAAGACUUUUUCCUCCCACUACAAUUAGACACUUCAAAUACCUCUCUCUAACCCCUUUUUACCUGAAACUAUGUCCACAAGACACACAACCUGCCUGCAUCACGACCUAUGAGGUGAACCCAUCGUCUAUCACCGGCACAGUCACCGGCACAUACACACUAUUUUAUUUUUUUCAAAAAAGCAGGGACCUUCAUCGUUUAGUGCCUCAAAGAAGCGAUAACACUGGGACACUGCUAAUAAAGUCGUUCUUGAUUACUGUAUGUAUGUACAAGCCUUGAUCGGAGGACGCGCUUUUAGAAUAAAAAACAAAAGAGCAGCAAAGUGUUCCAGACAAAGACAGGACAGACCGUUCACCUCAGCACAGCCAAAAAAAAAAACUAAACAGAAUAACUUAUUAAAAAUCAUUUGAGGUUUGCAUGUAGUCUUUUAAUUAAAUAUUAAAAUGAAACUGGUAUUGAUACUAAUUGUAAGCUGUACUAAUGUGAACUAUAGUUGAGCGGAGUGGAGUAGCUGAAACAGCUCCAGUUCUGUGCAGAUUGACUUCUUUUCUCUGUCCUAUGUAACAGAAAAUGUUGGAAAAAUCAGUAACAGCUGCUUUAAAUUGCAGAAAAUGCAACAAAAAAAAAAGCUUUUAAAACCUUUUUUGUAUGCACAUAAAGUAUUUUAUACGACGGACAUCAGUGUGUUAUAGCCAGCUGUCAUGUCAAACACGAUGGAGACACAUAACGAUGUCCGUCUGCAGCACAGCCACUGUCGGCUGUUUUAUUUUGAAAAUCUACAAACUAGAUUUAACCUGGAGCUUACGUCAGUGCCAUGAGAUCUACUGUAAAAAAAAAAAAACAAGUGUGUUACUGUGCGUAUUCUAUUGUUAUUGAGUGUUAUUUAUGUGGCAUGACUGUGCUAUAAUCAGCAACAAUAUAUUAUAUGUACAGUAUGUUAUACUGUUCUGUAUUCAACUACAGUUUUUAAUACAGCAUUUGUAUAUAUCUAGGUCUCUCUUUCUCUCUCUGUAUAUAUAUAUAUAUGUAUAUUUAAAUUUCCCCCUUUCAGUAUGUACAGAACAUGUACUGUAUGUACAGAGGUUGAGUAUUUACAACAUUAUAACAGUUUCAAAACAAAGAGGACGGUGGAUGUUCUCCGGACGAUAGUCACAAAACGAAACACACUUCAAGGCAAACAACAACCUGCUGCUGCUGCUGUCGUAUGCAAACCUGGUUUCUCCAUUUCAUAAUUGUUACUUUCAGGUCGCCUUUUAAAAUGCUUCCUGAAAAGGUUUUGAUGCGACAGCAGGGUCUGAAAAGUCUGGUCCCCGUGUUUUGAACGCUCUCCUCCGGGCAGAUUCACGUGUGGUGGAGACACACAACGUCACAACGAACUCAGACCCCAGUACAAAGUAUUCAGAAAUAUAUCCGUAUAAAUACUCUCGUCAAAAUAAACACACAUAUACACACAUAUACAUUAUUUGCACUCCUUGCCUCCGGGUUUUCACGAGUGCAGUCCAAAAAUAUCGGCAUCGUCGGCUCCUAGAAACUGCAGUGGGGCUGAAAGUGAAACUGCACUGUCAGAGAAAAGUGUGCUUAUGUUACCACUGGAGCUGCAGGGCUUAGUUUGAGACAGAAAUAACACAGUUUUUCGAGGAGUAAGUCUAAACAGUUGUCCUUUUUUAUUGUUAGAGGACAUGAUACCUCAGGGCAUGGGGACUAAUUCUUGUGGCUCAGGCAAUUAUUCUCCUACACUGAGCCUAAAGUGUGCCACCAGAGUGCUUAUAGACAUUUACUUAUUGAAAUGAUAAUAAUUUCAUUUUUGGUCAUUAAAAAACUCAUUUAAUAACAUUUAAUGCAGCUAUAAUCAAUGUUUGAAAAAGCGUUAUGUGUCUUUUAGCUCCCUCGUGUGGCUUUACAACCCAUACCUGUAUAUACUUUCGCCUCAGUAAACUAUUCAUCAAUUAUGUGAACAUACAAAUUAUUCUGGACUGUGUUGGAUGUGUAAAGAGGGAACUGUCUGCAAACACGUGUGUUUGUGUGUAUGUAAAAGUGAUGGUUUACAGAUCAGGCUGCACAUUAAUAGCCAAAAACACAACAACUCGAUUCAGGUUUAAAUAGGAAUACUAUUUUUACUAUUUUGUGAUCACUUUAAACUCCUAAUUUGAUUUAAAAGUCCUGGUGGCACAGUCCAGGCUCCAGUCCCUGUUUUCUUUUCUGGAAUAUGAAAUUAAACCUUGUUUGACACAGAACAAAAUCUGUGUAACUUUCCUUGCUGCCAAAUAUAAUUGUGAUUAAUCAUAGGGACUAUGUAAGUAUUUUUUUUAGGCUUCCUUUCAUAAACUGUUUCUAUCUCAUACAUUUAAUAGCUCCCUAUAGCCGUGAUGAUUAUAUUCUAUCUGAAUGAAGUGUAAUCUUUAUGGCUCUCCUGUGGGUACAAAAUAUCAUCUGACUUGAUUUAUAAUGUUAACGAUGCCACGUACUCCAGUAUAAACAGUAAAUACUCAGUGAGUGAGUGAUCAUCGGAUGCCGUGUAAAUACAGAGAUGACUGCACAUUUAAACCUCUUUGCAAUCUGUUGGUUGUUUUCCUAAGUAUCUAAAACACGCGUUGUUUUAUGCUCCAUGACACCAGCAGUGCGACAUCAUAUCGUAGAUUUACCACUUGAAUCACACACUAACAAAAUACACAUACGCACGCGCACACACGCACGCACACACACACA